AUGCCGUUUGAACCGAGCAAGCAGUUUAAGAUCCGAGAGGACGUCGUCGUCGGGGUCGGGACUGAGGGUCGCAGCGGAGGGUGGUCGCCGGAAACAGGGUGGACGGUGGCUGUGCGCGGAGCUCGUUGUCGCUGGGUUGUCGGGGGUGCAGCCGCUGUCGUGGACCGUGCUCGUAGGUGCAGAGAUGACGGCGGUCGGAGGUCGGGACUGAGGAGCUUUCGGUCGCGGGGAGCUCGAAUCGCCGGAGUGGAGUCGGAGCUCGUCAGCCAUCGGACGGAACGGGGUCGCUGGGCUCGGAGGUCGCGCCGCUGCGUCGUUGCGUCGCCGGAGGGAGCUGGUCGCCGGUCGUCGGAGUUAGGGGCGUCGGGAGAGAGAGAGAUGAGCGGGGUGUUUGAGAUGCGAGAGAGAAGAAAGAGCUGCGAUUUGGGCGUGAGGGAAGAGAGAGAAAAAAACUAG